AUUUUGACGAACGGGGAUGCUUGCUUUGUGGCCUGAUACAGUACUAUAUCAAAUGCGAGCUAAUUGAUGAGUUAUAAAUCCCAUGUGGGAGGAUAAUAACGCAGACUUCUGCAGGCCUGUCAAAAACCUGACACACGAAAUCACCUUUCAUAGGUAUCAGCAAAAGAAAAAGCAAGAAAAAGCAGUCAUGAAACGAUUUGUUCAAUUACCGAGGUUGAACCAGAUAAGGUUCCUACGAAGUACAGCUGUACUUAAAGGUUGCUCCGAGAGCAACGAACAAGGCCAGCUCUAUUUCAAUACAGACAAGAAGGUUUACGACACGCACGGAAGAAUUGUACAUGCAAGCUCGACUAGCGAGGUCCGAACCUGGGAGGAGAGUCAAGCAACAGAAAGCGAAGCUGAUAUCAAAGCCGAUCGAGGUGAGAUUAAAGCUGGUCGCAAGGAUGGUGACCAAGAACGAGAAAGCGUGGAGAAGAUCUUUGCAAUAGAGCUACCAAAACAGCGGGGCAGUAAAUCUUAGUUGUCAAUUCAUUUUCAGUAACUCCUUUUUUUCGGCUUGCAAUAGUAUCAUCUAAGAAAACACCAAAUUUAACCAUACCUGAAAAAAUAAGUUUUCUAAGGUUGC